ACUAUGUAUUCCAUAAUUCUGUAACAUUUUUUUAUCUUUGAUAUAUUUUAGAAGUAUCAUAACGCGUUUCAAUCUCUAUACACGUUUUCCUUUUUGUUUAUCAAUCCUAGUGAUUUUUUUUGUAGUAAAAAAAGUAGUCCGUCUUAAAUUCAUAUUUGGUCUUGUACCGAUCAAAUUGCUAUAAAACGUUGGGCUAUUACAAGACAAACACAAAAGGAAUGCUUAUAAAUAAAAAAACAAAUACGACUGAUUUCAAACCACUCCCUUGCCUUUUAAUUGUCAUCUUUUCGUAACUAUGCGGACUAAUUGGAGAGUUUAGUUGAGGUUUAUUUGGAUUCCAGCUAUUUGGAUUAAUCUGAAGAUUGACUUAUUUAGGUUUUAUGUGAUUUCUAAUCAAAUCUUUCGUUAUGUCUCUUUCCAUGCUUUCAUGCUCGUAAUUUUUUUAUACGAGUAUUGUAAACAAACCUAAUAGAAGCGAAAGUAAAUGUUGUUUUUUUUGUGGUAAAUAGGUAAAUAUUUGGUUUGCUAACAAGAAGAUAACAAGUUUAAGCUAAUUGCUAAAUCGCAAGUAACAAAAUAUUUUUUGUGUGAUUAGUGAUUUACUAGAGAAUUAUAUGGAGUACCAUAAUUCAUUGCACACUGAUAGUCUUAUUCACCUGGAAGUGUUGCAAUGGUCGUCUAGUGGUAUUUUGAUUUGAAACAAAGCAUAAACUCAGUUUUCCCUUGAAUUCGAAUUUUCAAGGAAUACCGUCACUUCUAUUGUAUUAGGCAACUGAUUUUGGGAUGUGGUCCAGGUGUUCUAAUAUAAUGUGUUGCCUUUUAACUGGCUACACACCCUCGCUCGAGAUGAGUCCGAUCUGUUUUGGCUGCAUAUUUCAUCGAUCUCUCCAAAGAAGGUUCGAGCGGUAAACUCCUUGCUAGCUUCGUAGCAAUAUUUUUUAAAAUUAUGAUGAAAUACUGGCUAAUCACAUUGCUAAUGCUAUCACACUGCUUUGCUUCUUGGAAUUAGCUAUAUAAACUUGCUAUUAUUGGCAAGUCAAUAAUCUAUCAUAGGAUACGUUAUAUAAUCUUGCUAAUAAUAUUUGCAUGAGAGGAAAACAACCAUAUACGGUAUUAGUUACGAAAAGAAAUCGACAUAAAACUGAUAUAUACAUUUUUGGAUACUGUACAUUAAUAUACCAUGAUAGGAAAAGCCAAAUCAUGUCUACCAAACAUAAAAAUACAACACCAAAAGUAUAAUUAUCUCUAUAUAUAUAUAACCAUCUUUAUAUGUACCCAACACAUUUGACUGCUCUUUCAUCUUUAAACUUGCCUCAAGAUCCUAGCUUUAGGGUUUCAACAUUUCUUCAGAAAUAUCUCUCUGCCGACUGAAGCAACAUAUGCAAAAUAUGGAGUGUGAUAGAUCAUCGUCGUCCACAUCAUCAGAAAGCGGGGCCGUUCUUCAUCAUCUUACUACAUCGUCCACCGUGACGAGGCGAAUGUACGAGUGCACUUUCUGCAAAAGAGGUUUCACGAACGCACAAGCUUUGGGUGGUCACAUGAACAUCCAUCGACGUGACCGUCUCAACAAGGCGGCCAAGCAGCAAAACGACGCUGACGUAGCACUCUCCAGUGCUCGAAGAUGUUUCCACGUGGCAUCAUCUGAUCGUGGAGGCUACAAGCAAGUUGAAUCCGUCGUGUUGAGGGCGACCACGAACUUGAGCUUACGAAUCGGCUCGAUGGUUACAAGGAGAGAAAACGUGGUCGUUGAAGGAGAUGAAAUCGAUUUGGAGCUACGUCUUGGCUUAUGAGAUCAUCAACCACUACAUCAAUAUUUGUGUAAUACCUUUUUGGAUUAUUAUAUGGUUUUCGGGGUUGAUAUAUAUAUGUAAGCUAGGGAGCAUAUGAGGAGUUCAUUAUAUGUCAAGGUAAGAUAUUUUUGGGAGUUAUCUAAUUAUGCAUGU